GAAGGGAAAGUAGGAGAAGGAAAAAGAGCGAAAUCAAUCAAAGCGCUUAGCGUCAGUGUUGCUGCAGGAGCUCACACUCGUCUGGUGUCAUCGUUGUCAGGUGGAGGAAAGUAAACCAGCUUUUGCUCUACUCUAAAAGCUUGGGACUGCUUCUGCUUAUCUGGUUUUGUGAAACCAAAAGUUUGCCUCCUGCGAAAUUUCGUGGAUUUGGGUCAUCUAUCUUUUGGUGUGUUGCUCGGAAAUGGUUCUAGAAGGGUCAGCUAUGUCUAUGAACAAUAAUAACCCACCUAAGAGUCUCGGAGCCCCCUCGUCGCCCUUUGGCAAUGUCAGUAUGGUAGGGCAAUCUAUGUCUGCAAACACUGCAUUUCAACAAUCGCAAGCCCAAACACAGAUUGGGGCUGGUUACCAAGGUCAGUUUCAGCUCUCCCAAGCCCAGGCUAUUGCCCAGGCUCAUGCCCAGGCUCAGUCAAAAGCUCAUGCCCAAUUCCAAGCUCAGUUCCAAGCUCAGGCGAUGGCCCUUAACCAGAACCAAUCUGUUGGCAUUGCGAAUUUGGGGUCAUCUUCACCUUCCUUUUCCACACCUGGGAAUGCAAGUGCCAAGCGCUACCCCCAAAAACCACCAAUGCGCCCUUCUGGUGCUUCUCCUACGCACACGAUGUCACCUCUGAGAACCAUGGAACUCAACCCUGCUGCUCGUAAAAAGAAGCAGAAGCUUCCCGAUAAACAGCUACAAGACAAAGUAGCCACCAUUCUGCCUGAAUCUGCUCUCUACACCCAGCUUCUCGAGUUUGAGGCUCGUGUUGAUUCUGCCCUUGCAAGAAAGAAAGUUGACAUCCAAGAGGCCCUUAAAAGCCCACCUUGCAUUCAGAAAACGCUGCGGAUUUAUGUUUUUAACACUUUUGCUAAUCAGGUUCGCUCGAUUCCACAGAAGCCAAAUGCUGAUCCCCCUACUUGGACACUUAAAAUAGUUGGGAGGAUCUUGGAAGAUGGGGUUGAUCCUGACCAGCCUGGAAUGGUCCAGAAAUCAAAUCCCUUUUAUCCAAAGUUCUCAUCUUUCUUCAAGAGAGUAACAAUUUCUUUGGAUCAGAGACUAUAUCCUGAUAAUCAUAUCAUUUUGUGGGAAAAUGCUAGAUCACCGGCACCUCAUGAGGGCUUCGAGGUGAAGAGAAAAGGGGACAAAGAAUUUACUGUGAACAUACGGUUGGAAAUGAAUUAUGCGCCCGAGAAGUAUAAGCUUUCUCAACCGUUGAUGGAAAUUCUUGGUAUUGAGGUUGAAACCCGCCCCAGGAUAAUAGCUUCAAUCUGGCACUAUGUGAAAGCUAGGAAAUUGCAGAACCAGCAUGACCCCUCUUUCUUUAACUGUGAUCCACCACUUCAGAAAGUAUUUGGGGAAGAGAAGAUGAAAUUCACCAUGGUAUCGCAGAAGAUAUCUCAGCAUUUGUUCCCCCCGCAACCUAUACAUUUGGAGCAUAAGAUAAAGCUUUCAGGAAAUAGUCCAGCUGGAACUGCAUGUUAUGAUGUGUUGGUUGAUGUUCCUUUCCCAAUCCAAAGGGAUCUGUCUGCUCUUUUGGCCAACUCCGAGAAGAACAAAGAGAUUGAUGUCUGUGAUGAAGCAAUAUGUGCAGCUAUAAGAAAAAUCCAUGAACAUCGUCGCAGGCGAGCUUUUUUCCUUGGGUUUAGUCAAUCUCCUGUAGAAUUUAUCAAUGCACUGAUUGAAUCUCAAAACAAAGAUUUAAAGCUUGUAGCUGGAGUAGCAAGCCGUAGUGCUGAAAAACAGAGGCGAUCAGAUUUCUUCCACCAGCCAUGGGUUGAAGAUGCUGUUAUCCGGUAUCUGAAUCGUAAGCCAGGUGCAGGAAGUGAUGCUGCUCCUGGAAGCAUAUGAUAUGAGGGGAAUAUUGAGCUCUUGCCGGCGGUGCCACUGCCAGCCACCUUUGUGUUCUUAAGCAGAUGUAGGAGAGGUUGUAGGAGGAGGAUAUAGGAUUGCCUUUUCUAGUGUAGGACGAGGAGGGAGGACGGACACUGCACGCAGAUUAUUGAACCAAGGCAAAAAAUAUAGAUCUUGUUCUGUUUGUAACCAUUAAAUUUUACCAUGUACUUGCUGUGCUGCUGAACUUGCUCAUUUAUGGUUAAUGUACAAACAUGUAGACAGUUUUAUUCA